AUCAGAGAAAAGUGCAGCUUCUUAAAUUUCAGACAUUUUUUUUCAUUUUAUCGGUCCCUUGCCGGCUCCAAAAAAGGAGUUUGGAGAAAAUUCGGAUCUUACAGAUGAAAUCAAGGGGUGACAAAGAUAAAAAUCGAGGCGUCAGCUUGCAAAUUAACAACCUCCAUCAGCGUUUUCUUUAUGCAUUGAACCUGGGCACCAGAUAUUUUGACGAGAAAACAAACAAAUGGAAGUGGCAGAGCGCAAACAUCGAAGUACAGAAACAAGUUAUACGCUCAAUUGAUGUGUUUCUUGAUUUUAUAUCUGGCGAUGCGCGUUCAGCACAUCAUACUAUUGUAAAGGAUUCUGUUGCUGAUAUUUUGGGAGCAUUCUUGUGGAUUCUUCAAUGCAAAAAUAGACACUUGUUAUUUAUGGCAGCAAAUGUAGCAGUAAAGUUAGUUAGCAUUUUACCCAAUUCAAUAUCGGAAUCCUAUUUAUUAGAUCUUGUCUAUGCUCUAUCAUCCUUGCUAUCUUCACCCUUCGUAGAAGUUGCAAUACCCUGUUCUACUUCUUUGAAUUUAGUAAUUUCAAAUUUAAAUGCUAGUUGUGCGAAGGCAGUUUGGGAGGUCCUGAAACAAACAGAAUGUGUCAUUCAUAUAGUGGACAAUAUACACAAAUUUCUUGGAGAUGAAAUUCCAAUGAAAAUUGAAUAUUUCGAACAAAUGUCUUCACUUUUGGGCUCAAUAUUGUUGUGGUGGCCUCCGACUCGGUUUCCUGUUUGGAAUGAUGUUAAACUGACAAAUUCUUUGUCAGACAUGUAUGCAAGGACAGAUAUUUCUACCAAACUUGUAAUUUUGAAGCUGUACACAUCUUUAGCUUUAUGCAGUUCUGUGGCCAAAAAACUCAUAGACAAUGGAGAAGUCUUUCUAAAAAUGGUUGUACUGUCCAUGGGAAAAUCUUACCCUGAUGCUGUGAGAAUAGAAGGUUUUAGGCUUGCUCAAUGUCUAUUGAGAUCCCAAGAGAAUUGUUUGAAAGUGAUCGAUACAUGUGGUGAAGCUCUUAUUGAUGCCAUAGUUUGUGGGAUGGAAGAAACAGGGGCACACUCAAGAAAAUUUGUGAACAAGAAUAGUUCUAUAUUAGUGGAAGCAUGCAGAUUGGCUUUAGUAACUCGUUGGGCAGGUGAUCAUCAUAUUAGUUUCUGGAAGCAAAGAAUUGAUAGAGUCCUCCUUAAUCUUUUGAUGGAAAAUAUUCAAGAUUUAUCAAAGGAACGUGUCUUAUCGCUGGACAAACAAAUAUCCAUUGCAAAGGAGUGUUUAAAAACCAAUCAUCAGCUUAGUGUGAGGGGUUAUGUGUGGGACAUUCUUGGUUGGCUCACAAUACAUUCUGGAGAAUAUUUCAAUCCUUGUACCCAUGGAAGUGAGCUCUACAUCAACUUAAUUAUCAUAAGUGCAUGCUUAACUUUUGACAAUGUGGUUAAGAAAUGGUGCCAAAUAUAUCGAAAGGAUGUUGAUGAUAGUUUUCAGAGUGAACCAGCAUCAAGGGCUGUUCUAAUGAUGAUUUAUUCUCCAUGUAAAUACAUUUCAUCUCAAGCUAGACUCAUAUUUUCUAAGACAUGCUCUUCGGAUCAUUUCACAAAGUUAGUACAUACGUUAGAAUAUACAUCAUCACUUGAAAGCUACGGGUCAUUUGAUAAACUUCAACUUGUUAUCAACUUGAUUGGAUUGAUCUCUUUUUUAAGCUUACCAAGUCAUCAUACGCUUGAAAGCAAACACUGGAAGACAGUUUCUUUCAUAGUAAAACGAUGCUUAGGCAAUCAUAUUGAUGUAUCAAGGCUCAGCUUGGCUCCUCAUUUGCAUACUACAUUAUAUGAAAAAUCCUGUUGCUGGAUGGAUGCUGAAGAUUGGGAAGGUUCUAAUAUUCUCUUGUUUUAUGGUUUGUGGGGCUUAGCUGAAAUGGUUCAUCAAUCUGCUUCUUCACAAAAUAAUUCUCAUAUAUCUAUUGUUGAUAUAGAAUAUUUUAAAGCUCAGUUGGUUAGCAAAUUCUUGGAGAUUUGCAGUAAUGCCUCUUUUAGUCAUGGUUCAAGAUGGUAUGCAACUUAUAUUCUUAGUCAUUUUGGGUUUUAUGGUUUCCCAAAUGAACUAGCCAAAAGGGUUGGGAGAUGUCUUAACGAAAAAGAGUAUGCAGAUAUUCAACUCUUUGUGGCAAAUGGCAAUACUUUGAGCGUUCAUGGUCUUGUCCUUGCUGUUCGAUGUUCAUCAUUGCUCCCUCCUGAAGUCUUAAUUGUUAAAGAAAAAAGAAUUGAUGACCAACCCAUUAGGGAAGUUCGUUUAUCUUCUCAUGUUGAUUAUGAAGCAUUGGUGAAGUUGUUGGAGUAUGUAUACGUGGGAUAUUUUCAAGCCGAUGAAGAAACUGUGAAGAAGUUGAAAGUUCUUGCUAAGCGCUGCAAUUUGCAGCCUCUCUUGCACAUGCUUCACAGACAAAGUCCAAAGUGGGGCACAUCAUUCCCUAACUUUGAUCUCACUUUAUCUCUUGUUUCAACUGGAAGCUGUUUUUGGGAUGUUAUAUUGGAAUCUAAGCCAGAUAAACUUGAAAGGUGGACAUGCUGCAUAUGCUCUCAUUCAGUUCCACAUUUGCAUGUUCAUAAAGUUGUAUUACAGUCUGGCUGUGAUUAUUUGCAAGGUUUGUUUCGUUCAGGAAUGAAAGAGAGUCAUUCACAAAUCAUAAAAGUUCCUAUUAGUUGGGAAGCAACGGCUAAACUCGCUCACUGGUUCUAUUCCAAUGAGCUACCAAAUCCUCCCUUCGGAUGUCUGUGGGAUAAUAUGGAUGAUGAGCAAAAGCUAUUGAGUUUACAACCAUACGUGGAGCUAUAUUGGCUUUCUGAAUUUUGGAUUUUGGAAGAUGUUCAGGAAGCCUGCUGGAAAGUGAUUGUGUCCUGUCUUGAUUCUGCCAAGCAAUUAUCCAUUAAAAUACUUAAAAUGGCUUGGAAUCUCUCCUUGUGGAAAUUAGUAGGCCUCACGGUAAAUCACUUGGCUCCUUUGUAUGGUCAAUUAAGAGAUUCUUGUGAACUUGAUGAUCUGGACGCUGCCGCUGUUCACUUAAUUUGUUCUGCUUCAACUCAACUUAGUCAAAAUGGAUGAAUUUACUUUAAAAGUUUUUUAAGUUGUUCAUGUGGGUUUGUAUGUAGAUUCAAGGUCUUGGAGGAGAAAUAAGCAAGUCCAAUAUCAUUGGUCGAAA